CAUUCGACCGCGGCAUACACCAUUUCUUUACGCGUCUUUAGCUCUAGCUGACUGCUCGUGGAAUUCCUCGCUUAGUCGCUUGCCCCCUUCAAUUCUUGGCAGAACCACUUUCAUCAAAUCGCUUUCUCUCCGAUAUUCCGUCCGCCAUUGAUGCAACUCGACCAAAACCGCGGCCACGAUGGCGGAGAUGGUGGGGUCUCUGGUCGUCGGCGAGCUGGUCAACAGGGCCUCCUCCUUCCUCAUCAGCAAGCACAAGGAGCGCUCCGCCACCGCCCGCACCACGACCGAAACCCUAGAGAGGCUGGAGAUGGCGCAGAUCAGGAUGGAGGCGGCGCUGGCGGUGUCCGCCCGGUGCGGGCAGGUCGUCACCGACGUGGCGUUGCUCCGGUGGCGGCGGGAGCUGCGGCGCGGCGCCGACGAGUGCGCCGCCGCGGCGCGCCGGUGGGAGCUGCGGGCCAUGGAGGAGGAGCAGGCCAGGGAGGCGCUCGCGCGGGCGUGGCUGCCUGCACGGGUCGCUCGCCUCGUGGCUUCCUUCGUCUCGUCCCUCUUCAGCCACCGGCGCAACGAGGAGCCCUGUGAGAAGGUUGUUGGGAGGUUCGAGAAGCUGGCUGAUGGCGCCGGAGAUUUCCUGAGGUGCGUGCAGUCCGGCUCCGGCAGCGCCCGUCGCGCUUUGUUGGAGGACGACAUUGUCAGGAAGCCUGCUGUUAGAGGAAACUCAGGAAAGGAUGUGGGGUACGGUACAGUCUGGUUCAGGGAGGUUCGCAGCGCUGCCUGCGUUCAGGAUCCAGGAAAAGUGGUCUGGAAAUUAAACAAGUUGUGAUGUGAUUACAGAUACUGUGAAGUGUAAAGUAGGCGGCAAAGGAAAUGUUUUAAGUUCAGCUAGCCAUUUUCAGCUUGAGUCGAACUCUGUAUAUUUGGUAUCAUGUCUCAAUUCUGCAUCACAUCGUUCAGGAGGCGGUCACGUCCACCUGCUGAAAGACGUGCUUCCCCGAUUCAUAUUGAUUGUUAAAAUAUUAUAUGUAUCCAAACGCUUUUCAGACAUAAAUAUAUUCAUAUUUGAACAAA